AUGAGUGUCGCCGGCCUACUCCAAAACAUAAACUCCGUGACGGAGACGCUACUAGGCCAGGUCUCCGAAGGCGACAGACUGGCCCUCCUAACAGCAUGUGACAAGCUCAGGGCCGCCCUCGAGGUACCGAUGGAGACGACGAUGCGCGUUACUGGAGGAGUCUACGAGAGUGUGGCUUUAAUUACGGCGAUUGAUAUGGGGUUGAUUGACGCUGGGGUGUCUGCCGCUGCAACUCAGCGCACCUUCACCAUUUCGCAGCUCGCCGAGGUUGCUUCUGCGGAUCCUCUUUUGAUCGUUCGUCUCAUGCGGAUGCUCUGUGGCAUGCACGUUUUCGAGGAAGUCGACGUUGCCACAUUCAAGUCGACGCCCCUCGCCCAGGCAUAUGCGACCGGCUCUCCAUUCAAGGACAUAGGAAUCCAUCUCGCAUCCCACGGUCCGGCAGCCGCCCUCCUGCCAGAUUAUUUCGCCGAAAAAGGAUACAUUAGCCCCAACGACACGUACGACUCGCCAUUCCAAUACGCAAUGCGGACCAAACUGCACUACUUUGACUAUGUCGGUGCUAGCCCUCGUCUACAACACGCUCUGAACACGGUCAUGAGCACUUGUCCCGGGAACUUGGGCCAAAACUGGUUCGAAUACUAUCCGGUGAAGGAGAGAUUGCGCGUCGAUGACCCUUCCCAUAAGCGCUUCCCUGAUCUACCCGGAAGAGUGAUUCUGCAGGAUCUACCCUCGGUCAUUGAGGGGGCUCAACCGAGUCCGGCAGGCGUGGAGUCAAUGGGCCAUGAUUUCUUCACCCCUCAACCCGUCAAAGGCGCGAAAGCUUAUUAUCUUCGCCUCGUCAUCCACGACUGGCCGGACAAGCAGGCAAAGAUAAUCCUCGAGCACAUCAGGGAUGCCUUGGCGCCGGACUCGAUUCUUCUACUCAGUGAGACCCUUGUUCCGGAGUCCGGAGUCCCACUGUACGAUGCCGAGAUGGACAUGACGAUGAUGGUUGUUUUUGGUUCCCUGAACCGUACAGAGGCUCAGUUCCGGGAGCUGUUGGACGCUGUGGGGUUUGAGGUUGCCAGAGUGUGGAAGCCGGAAGUGGUUGUUCCCGGGUCUACGGCCUUGUUUGAGGCUGUACUUAAGAAAUGA